GCACAAAUGAGCAGUUUUUCAGUUAAAAAAAUCACGGAAGUUCAGGAAAGAUUUCCGGGAAAAUCCCAUUUUUGACCAGAAACCUCAGAGAAUGUAAAUUCACCACAGAGUGGUGAAUUUGGAAAUAUUCCCGGAUUGUCAGCUUUGUGGUUAAGUUUUCCCGGAAUUCUUGUGAGAUUGGAAGAAUUCCAAGCAGAGUUGAAGGAUUUUUCAAGAAAAGUAGAAUCUGUGGGAAUUGAUUCCUGGCCAGCUAAUCCAGGAAGUGUAUCAGUACAAAAUGAAAGAAGGGGAAGAAAUUCUCAUUGACUACUCACUUGUCAAGGAAGAAUACACCGUCCAGGAAGUCCCGGAACAGACAGAAGUCCCCACAGGGGAUUCCUCAAAAGAAGACACAAUCAAGUUUGAGAUUCAGGAAGUUCGGGAGAAGACACACAAAUGCCCCCAUUGCGACAAGGCCUACUACAGACGGGAUCACCUAAAAGGGCAUCUCGUGACACACACCGGAGAGCGAGAUUACAUUUGCGAUGAAUGCCAUAAAGGUUUCCCAACGCAAAAUCGCCUCUGGAGGCAUGAGCAGAUACAUACGCAGAAGAAGCGCUCCUGCUACGUUUGCUGGAAAACCUUCAAGACUCUUCUGGGGCUUCGUGAGCAUAUGGUUAAGCAUGAAGUAAGCUCAGUUCCUGCUUACAAUGGCACAGGAUUAAACCCAAAAGAAGCAAAAUUCCUGGAAGUGAAGACAAUCUUCAAGUGUGAAGAAUGCGGGAAUAAGUAUUGCACAAAAAGUGUCUAUGAGAAGCACAUGAAGAGUCACAGUGAUGUGUUGGAAUUUCAAUGCCUAAAAUGCCCAAAGAAGUACAAGGACAGGUCAAACCUUCGGAACCACAUGAAGUGUGCUCAUACAAAAUACAAUGCCUUCACCUGCGAAGUGUGCGAGAAGACAUUUCGAUGGAAGUGCAGCCUAGAUAGGCACAUGGAGAAACAUAGCAAUGACUACAGGAUGUGUUUCUACUGCAGUGAAGUCUUCCGGAAUAAGGAAUAUCUGCGACAACACAUGAAGUUGCAUCACAGUGGACUUCCAUGCAGAACUAUAGAUGGUCCAGUAUGGACCUGUCCAAUGUGUCAGAAGAAGAUUAGGAAUCUUGUAACUUACAACAGGCACAUAAAAAGGCACGAAAGGAAGCAAAGAGAAGCGACGUCUUCCUUCCAAUCCUCAGAAAUGUCAGAAAUAAUCAAGACAGAAGAUUUGAAGAUGGAAGAAGAAUCUGAGGAUCAAGAAGACCAAGAAAGUCUUUUUCUGGAUGAGGAAGAGAUCCCUCGCAAAAUUAAAGAAGAAGAACCGGAAGAAGCGUCUCAGAAAAUUCCCGGAAAAAAAUUAAUUAAGUUAGAAUUAAAAGAUUCUGACGAUCGUUAAAGUUAAUAAACUAAAUUAAUAAUGAAAAAACGAUUUUUAUAAGAAAAAAUUAUGUGGAAUAAUAAUAAGAAAUAAAACUGGAUGAAAAACAUAA